AUGUCUGGCUCGCCAAUCACGUCGGUGUCGCAGAACACAGCCUUCCCGCGGCCCAGCGGCGACUCGCUCAGCGAGUACUGGCCGACGCGCGUGACGCUGAACGUGCGCGGGCGGCGGUUCGUGCUUGACCGCGAAACCAUCAACCAUCUGCCGGACUCGCUCCUCAGCACCAUGUUCCCGAAUGGGCUAGUGUCGCUUAUCCGCGGCUACAACGACUACUCGUACUACCGCGACCCGGCGGCAACCAGCGACGAUGAGGCCGAGCACGCAUGGGUGGACUUUGACCCGGACAUGCUCGAGUACAUCCUGCACGCAUACUCGACCAUGCUCGAGUUCGACCUGCUUGCUGACGACAACACCGAGCAGCAGCCACAGCAGGCGCCGCAGGACAGCGCCGAAGCGGCAGCGCCUGCGGCGGAGCCCACCGAGGCAGCGGUGCCGAACGACUCGAUCCCACUGGUGGUGCUGCGCGAGGAGCUGGACUAUUUUGUGAUUCCCGAGAGCGGCCGCACGUCGGGCGACAUCAGCAACAGCUGGCGCGCGCGCACCCACCACGAGGGCGCCAGUGAGCACACCCAGGCGCUGCAGUCAGCGUCGGUCAUUGAGCAGCAGCUCAUUGACAUGCUGUGCCUGGCGGGCUUUGCGCGCGACUCGCGCUGGGGCUGCCGCCGCAUAGAGCCGAGCCGCACCACUGUCACCAGUCUGCUGAGUGUGCCGCUGGACGAGACUGCCGACCAGGCCAGGAUGAUUGCAGCCCAGAAGCUGCUGCUGUUCUACAAGAAGCCUGCGCGCAAGUGCUGGUGGGAGGGCGAGGAUGUCAAUGCUGGCGACAAUGAACACCAAAUUAACCUCAAGCUGUGGUGCAGGCGCACGUGGACCCUGGAGCUUGUUCUUAUCUAA